AUGAGGCAUAUCUUCCUGCCCAAUGCAAGGGUAUUCAAGGAGGCUAAAUCUACCAUUGAAGAAUGUGUUUUGAAGGACAUUAACUUUAUCACUAUGGAAGCAAAUGAACGCUAUCACAGCGAGCACUGCAAGACGAUCACUGCUAAGGAUCUUACAUAUGCUCAUGCAAAUCUUGGAUUUGAUAAUUACGUUAGUGCUAUCACUCUUUACUUAGAGCGAUAUCGCCAAAAUGAAGCUGGUCAAAAUACCAUGCAUGGCGAUGAUUUUGAGAGGCACACGACUAUUUUUCCGAAUGUGCACACACAAGGCCAUCCUUCCAUGCUUGCUCCUGCACCAUCUCCUUUACCUCCAAUUAAUUCAACUUUUCAAGUUGGUGCUGAUGAGCAAGCAUUCUUUAAUCCAACCCUAAUGAGCAAGGAAUUCUACUUUCAAAAUUCUCCUGGUGCUAGUCAUGGCGAUGGCUUUGACGUUGUUGGGCCUUCGUCAAAUGCUGAGUUUCCAACGGCAUUUUUUCCCAUGAUUUUCAUCCAGGGCCUACUCUUCCACAUGGGUCUCAUCCUCAUGGUCUAG